ACCCCGUCAACUGUAACUGGGCGAGAAAUACAAGUCACAACGGCCAUGGAAGCUCUUCUUCGGGCUCGCAUAAACCUAGCUCUAUUGAUCGUCGCUCUUCUCUCUCUCCUUGCUAGAUCCUCAUCCCAAGAUCUCCAAAUCGUCGAUGCCGAGCGGAGAAUCGACUUGACGUCACAUAUUGUUAAGGUCUUCUUGACUUUAAAGAUCGAAAAUAUGGGGACAUCUGCAGCUGCAGAUGUUCUUCUUGCUUUUUCACCUAUUGAAGUUGAUCAUCUAGCUGUUCUCAAAGCAGCGGCAGCUAUAGGCAAAAAGAAGAAGAAAACUUAUACACCUCUUGAUGUAGAACCAGCAGAGCUACCUGAUGGUCCAAAUGGAACUAAAUACUUCACCAUAAAGUUAUCUAAUCCAUUAAAAUCAGGUGAAAGUAUAACGCUGGAAGUGCUGUACGUGUUAACUCAUUUGUUAGAACCUUUCCCAGCAGAAAUAAGCCAAUCAGAAUCACAGCUGGUCUAUUACCGUGAUAGUGCAACAACGUUGUCACCGUAUCAUAUUAAGAAGCAGACUACUUUUAUUAAGACACCAAGUACUAAGGUGGAUUCAUUCACAAAAGUAGAUCCUACUAACCGUGCGGGUACUGAGCUGAAGUAUGGGCCAUAUGACGAUCAUUCUCCAUAUUCAUAUUCUCCGAUUAUUGUUCAUUUUGAGAACAACCACCCGUUUGCUGUUGUCGAGGAGCUAGUGCGUGAAGUGGAGUUAUCUCACUGGGGCAACCUUCAGAUAACUGAGCACUAUAAGUUGGCUCAUGCUGGCGCUCGACACAAAGGUGUCUUUUCAAGGGUUGAAUAUCAAUCUAGGCCGUCUUUUAGUGGUGUAUCUUCAUUCAAACAACUGCUAGCAAGACUACCGCCAAGAGUUCACUCUGUCUACUACCGAGACGAAAUUGGGAACAUCUCCUCUUCACAUUUACGUAGUGAUUCUCGAAAGUCCGAGCUUGAAAUUGAACCACGAUAUCCUUUAUUUGGAGGUUGGAAAGCCACUUUUGUCAUUGGAUAUGGCCUACCAUUGCAAGACUUCCUUUUUGAGUCAUCUGAUGGCCAGCGUUACCUUAACUUCAGCUUUGGAUGCCCUCUUGCUGAGACAGUGGUAGAUAAACUUACCAUCAAGGUUGUGCUGCCAGAAGGCUCAAAAGAUCCUUCUGCUGUGGUUCCGUUCUCUGUAGAUCAAUAUCUCGAGAAAAAGUAUUCCUACCUUGAUGUUGUUGGGAGGACUGUGGUAGUUCUGGAAAAGAGAAAUGUAGUCCCUGAACACAACUCUCCAUUCCAGGUUUACUAUACUUUCAAUCCGAUUUUCAUGCUUGCCGAGCCACUGAUGCUUGCGCUUGCAUUUUUCUUGUUUUUCAUAAGUUCUAUAGCAUACCUACACGUUGAUUUUUCCAUCCGCAAACAAUAAGCAUAAUGUACUUCCCGAAGAGUUGCGACUUUUAAAUUGGCAGAGAUAUGCCCACAAAGAGUGUUAUUUUUGCGGUAUCUCCAACUCUGUAGCUUGGGUAUGGAGACUGAGGUAUGGAGUCUUGUUUACAUUAUUACAUGAGCAUUACGUAACUUUGUUGGAGACUAUUUGGGAUACAAUUUUAUUUUUUUUGGGAACUUUGGAGCUAGUUUUUACAAAAAUAGUUAUGCAGUUGAAACAUUUUUUGCUUAUGCCUUGAAUGUGCCUUUUGAAGAUUGUGAGCUUUAUGGCUUCUAUCUGUUGAGGCAUUGAUAUUUUCGUCCUUUGUAUUUGGAAUAUAACAACUCAUACUCUUGUAGCAAUGAAACAUGUUUAAUUAUCUUU